AUGUAUGGAUCGGUAGUCAUGUUGUUGACUCACCAGCACGAGGCUGAUGCCCUGUUGGCGAGAGGGAUCAUGCACGUCGGCGGGGAGAUGGCGUACACGCGGCCGUAUGAAAGACGACAUACCCCUACGGGAUGCUACAAGUGCCACCAAUACGGCCACCAGGAAGCUCGGUGCCAGUCGCCCCAAGUGGUAUGUGGCAGGAGUGCACCGCCAACAGUGUGCGAUGCGCGGCCUGUCAAGGGCCACACACGGCGACUGAUCGGGCGUGUCCACGGUACAUGGAGCUGCUUCGCCGGUUCAAUCCUGUGCAAUGUCAUGGUUAGGCCACUCCGGGUCCUCCAAGCGAAUCUGGGUAAAAGACCGGGGGUACAACAUAGCCUGAUGAACGACGAAGGAUUGCAAAACCAUGGGCUCCUUAUGAUCAUGGAACCGGCAUGCUUUACCCGCGACGACGGGAGAGUGAUCGCUCCACCCUCACGUCACCUCAGCUGGGAACAAAUCCUCCCGACGAAGAUAGCGGUGGGGACGCGGUUUCUAAUCCGAUCAGUCGUCUACGCCAGCGCCGAGCGCCAGGCGAGGAGCGUACCAGUCGCAUUGCCAGACAUAUCCGCGAUACAAUUCCAGCUGGACGGGCGAUUAUCCCUGGCCAUCUCAGUCUAUUUGCCGCCGGCAGACGCACGAGUGCUUCAAAUCACAGCACGACUGAUCAGAGAGGCGGUCAGACGGCACGGAAUCGGACGAGAGCUUAUCGUCACCGGUGACUUCAAUCGACAUGACCAACUAUGGGGUGGCGACGAGAUCGGUGCUACACCUCGGCAAGGUGAGGCACAGGAGAUUCUGGACUUGAUGGAUGACCUCGAUCUACAUCUACUCCUCCCCCGCCGGUUCAUCGCGUGUCUCCAGCAACGAGUCCAGGUCAACAUGACCGAACAAGCGUGUGUUGAGGCACUGUCAGGACUUCGAGCUUACUACAAGGUACGAGUCCCGCGAUUUUAA